AUGUCUCUCGUCACGGACCAGGUUCGCCGUCUAGACGCAUACUUGGAUCGAUUUCCCGUUCUCUCCGAAGAACCGUCCGAGGCAGAAAGCUCAAAUUCCGAGGAGCAUACCCAGCAUGGUUUUGCGAUAACAGACCGUGCGGCAGCGCGACGCCUGGACAGGCUGUUGCUGAUUUCGCAAUCGCUCAGCACGACAAACUCGUCUCGCCCACUUCUCAGCGCAAACCACAUCCGGGAAUUGCUGCUCGAAUCCGAGAUCCCUGAUGUUGGCAAGCCACGAGACUACGUCACUUCUAAAAGCUUAUAUGAGGAUGAGGUCGAGUGGCUUCUUGUGAGCAAGGCAGCUGUCCAGCUGCAUGGGGUGGUUCUUAACACAUUGCUGGAUCGGAUCAUUCCCUUGAACGACGACAUUUGGUACUGGGACGAUGUGCUCAACUCAUAUACAUACAGCAGCCUGUACGCAAUCCAGACAUCACCUUGGCGCUUUGGUGCAUGGUCAAUGGACAUCUACCAUGAGAGCAUGGCCAGGUUACGGACAGCGUCUGCUACCGAUUCGGCAGGACACCUCAUCAACUCAGCGCAUGAGGGCCUGACACAACAAUGGAGGCAAUUCUACGGCAUCGUCAGCGACAGCAUUCGCGAACGUUCCUUCUCCAACAUUCAGCGCAAAGCCCUGUCACCUGUCGCUUUUUGUCGAACUGAAGCUAGGCGCAAGCAGGCCCAGCUGAAGAAGUUGCGCGAAAUAACCGCGUGCGGUCUGGGUGUUCUCAUGUCCGAGGGGUUGCAGUUUAGCCAGGAUGACGACAAGACCAACGUCUUUGACGCCAACGACCUCAAAGGAACGGUUGAGCGGAGUGUGGCCCUGCUGGAUAUGGUGCUUAAGGAGGUCUCCAAUACGGGCACGAGCAUUACCGACUUUGAGGAAAAGGUGUUCCUCGGCGUGGAAAGCGAUACGGAAUUAUCAACCCAUGCCGAAGACGCCAACGAGCCCAGGCGCCCAGCCAUCCUCGGUCGGCGUCUGUUGCAUAUCAUUGAGAAAGUUCUGCCGCAGCACCAACGUCAGAUGUCAUUGCUGGUCAAACACAGUGGCCGCCCUUCGCGCCUUGUACGAUACUGGCUUCCUAGCGUUGCUGCCAUGGUCUCUUCAACUACAAUCCUCCGGAUUCUCGUCAAUCGAAAAGCUGAGAUCCUGAGCUGGAUUGCCGACUUUGGCGUGACCGUCCGGGACUUUUGGUUCAAUUGGGUUGUUGAACCGACGACAAAGGUCAUCCAGACAAUCCGCCACGACAAGAGCAGCGAGAUCGCCAUCAUGAGCCGAGACAGUCUAAGGGCUGAUCGUGAGAGCUUGGAGAGGAUGGUAGUAGACUUUGCCACUGAUAAACCUCACUUUGCUGAUGUCAACACGUCAUCACUCACGCAAGAGCAAAUUUCAGCGAUUCGGACGAAGGUGGCCCAGGGAGAUGUGACGCCCGUGCUGAAGGCUUUCGAGCAGGAUCUUAGGAGCCCCUUCAUGGGUGCUGUGCGCGGGGACCUGGUUCGCUCUCUGCUUAUCCAAGUACAGAAGACCAAGGUCGACCUGGAAGUCGCAAUGACUGGCAUUGAUGCCUUGCUGAAGAGCCAGGAGUUGGUCUUUGGCUUCGUGGGGCUCACACCAGGUGUCUUGGUCUCCAUUGGAGUCUUCCAAUAUCUACGCAACGUCUUCGGAAGCCGCUCAGGCCAACGCAAAACUAAGAAAUCUACGCGAGCCGUCCGGGUUAUGCGCAAUAUUGACCGCGUAUUGUCCGAUGCCCGGCCCGCGGAGAACAGCAACAUCUUGUCCUACAAAGAUCAUGGCCUCUUGCUGUGCGAAGUGCACGUACUGAGGUGCCUUGCCGGUAAAAUUAUGCCACAUGACAUCAGAAGGGACUUUCUCGAGGAUCUAUCAGACCUUGAGAAGAUGAAGGGUAUCGACGUGCAGGCCAAGGCACUGAACAGGCUCCGGUGGGCUUACGCAAAAUGGUUGCAGUAG